CGUCAGUCCGCUCGCUCCCUCCCUCCCUCCCCGGGCGCGCUCGGGCUCGGGCGGCCGUCGCAGCGCUGCCCGCCCGCCCUCCCUGGAGCCGCCGAGCCGGGGCCGCCGGCCGCCCGAGGAGGAGGAGGCGGAGGCGGAGGCCGCCCCGGGGGCCCGCCGAGGCGGCGGCGGCAAGAUGGCGGACUUCCUGCCGUCGCGCUCGGUGCUGUCCGUGUGCUUCCCGGGCUGCGUGCUGACGAGCGGCGAGGCCGAGCAGCAGCGCAAGUCCCGGGAGAUCGACAAGUGCCUGUCGCGGGAGAAGACGUACGUGAAGCGGCUCGUCAAGAUCCUGCUGCUGGGCGCGGGCGAGAGCGGCAAGUCCACGUUCCUCAAGCAGAUGCGCAUCAUCCACGGGCAGGACUUCGACCAGCGCGCGCGCGAGGAGUUCCGCCCCACCAUCUACAGCAACGUGAUCAAAGGUAUGAGAGUGCUGGUAGACGCUAGAGAGAAGCUUCAUAUUCCUUGGGGAGAUCACUCAAACCAAGUCAACGGAGACAAGAUGAUGGCGUUUGACACCCGAGCGCCCAUGGCAGCCCAGGGAAUGGUGGAAACCCAAGUGUUCUUACAAUAUCUUCCCGCUAUCAGAGCGCUGUGGGCAGACAGUGGGAUACAGAAUGCCUAUGACCGGCGUCGAGAAUUUCAACUGGGUGAAUCUGUAAAAUAUUUCCUGGAUAACUUGGAUAAACUUGGAGAACCAGAAUAUGUUCCAUCACAACAAGACAUUCUACUUGCUAGAAGACCUACCAAAGGCAUUCAUGAGUACAACUUUGAAAUUAAAAAUGUUCCCUUCAAAAUGGUUGAUGUAGGUGGUCAGAGGUCAGAAAGAAAACGUUGGUUUGAAUGCUUCGACAGUGUGACAUCAAUCCUUUUCCUCGUUUCCUCAAGUGAAUUUGACCAGGUGCUCAUGGAAGAUCGACUGACCAAUCGCCUUACAGAGUCUCUGAACAUUUUUGAAACAAUUGUUAAUAACCGGGUUUUCAGCAAUGUCUCCAUAAUUCUCUUCUUAAACAAGACAGAUUUGCUUGAGGAGAAAGUAGAAAUUGUGAGCAUCAGAGACUAUUUCUUAGAAUUUGAAGGAGAUCCCCACUGCUUAAGAGACGUCCAAAAAUUCCUGGUGGAGUGUUUCCGUAACAAACGCCGGGACCAGCAGCAGAAGCCCCUGUACCACCACUUCACCACUGCCAUCAACACAGAGAACAUCCGCCUCGUGUUCCGCGACGUGAAGGACACCAUCCUUCACGACAACCUCAAGCAGCUCAUGCUCCAGUGAUGCACAGAAGACUUGCUGCUCUCAUGCCUUCUGUCCUUUUGACUGUUUUCUGUUUGUUUUGUUUUGUUAAAUAGCAGUUUACAGCAGGAAUUCGGAAAACCAUGAUUCUGUGCUUAACUUCUUGGAAAUCUUAGUCCUCCUUCCGCAGACUUAGGUUUGUGUCUGAAAGCUGCUGAGUGGCGCCCCGCCAGGUUCUCCUCUAGUGCAGGCUCUGGACUGGUUCACUCUGGCUUCCGUUUGAGUGGAGUUGCCAUUUCCUGCCAGACCUCAGACUAGCUAUCUCCCAGGCUUUAAAUUCUCCUACUCUUCACACUGAAUCCUCUUGUAGUGCCAAGUAUCGAAGGUCUCCUUCCUAUUUGUAGGUGUGAAAUUUAGAAUAUUCCAUUUUAAACAAGGUCUUCUGAGUGUCCCACACACGGCAGCAACACUUGGGCCUAGCUUUACCUGGUGACCUGUUUGAAAGGGCUAUGGGGGGGGGGGGAGAAGAAAAAUUAAUCUCCGGAAUGCUAUUCUGUAGGUUCAUACAAAUUUUGCCUUUGUGUUUUUGCAAAUUGCUUGUGUGCACAGCAGCUGUUUUGAUCUUAAGUUUCUGUGGUUUCUAGGGGUGAUGUUCUUAGUGUUUUAAAGUUUACAUAAGGGCUUCUGGUGUGAUCCUGAUUCAGGUUCACAAAUGGUACGGGGAAGCAAAAGACAAGCAGAUGCCAUACCUCGUGUUUUGGCCAAAAGUAAUGAAUUAAGUGUAGUUUGCUAUUUUCAUAUUUACUGACCCUGUCGUUAAAGUGUGCCAUCUGGGAAGCAUCCAGUGUCCAGCAGUGCGUAAGCGCGGCAGGUAGCUCGGUGUUCUGAAUAGACAAGCCCUUUCCAGAAUGCUGUGUGGCCCCUGAGACUGCUAAGUCUGGUCCCGGAUGACCGGGGUCCCUGCUGUAAGAAAACAUUGCCUUCCUUUGCUCUCCUGCCAUUCCCAUCAACUCCAGACCUUGGCAUUUAUGAGUUGUUGUUUUGUUUUUUUUUAACUCAGAACAUGCUGAGGGCAAUAUUUUCCUGCCAAACUAUUCAAAAGAAACAUUAUUUGAGGUCCCUACUUACCCUUGGUUUGUCUGAAAGAUACCGUGCAUUCAAGUUGGUGAGAUUGUGAACGGUCAGCUUUGUUGAGGUACACUUUGAAUGCUCUAAGAAUACCUCUUAAGGACAAGUAGUGAAAUUUGGUUUUGGUUCUGUUUUAGUCCGCACCAGAACAUCAUUAUAUUUGGUCUCCUCAGCCACCUUCCAAUUGAAACAUACCCAUGGAGUAGGUCUGUGAUUUAAAAAGUGUCCAGAGUGAGUGAGUUCAUCGGCAUGACUGGUUAACAGUAUCAGAAAUACAGCCUGAUGGGUCACACGUAUGUAGCGUCAGACUCAGACCAAAGACGCCAUGGACAAGGCUGGUGACAGUUUGGAAAUUCUGGCAGCUUUUCUCCUUUUCCUGAAAAUUGUGACUGAGACUGUGAUAUCCGCCACUUGGCUGACUGUGUUCUCAGGUAUAUUACCGGUUAGGAAGUCCUUGAAAUGUCUGUCAAAUUUUUGGAUCACUCAGCAGUUCCAAGACAAGAACUGCUCUAAGCCUUGCCGUCUGGUAGUAAGAGUAGAACUCUGAGUGAGCUAACCAGGGAUUGCUCUUAACUGACCUGACUUCUCUCGUAUUUAAGUUCUGCCACCAUCAUAGUCAUAGUAACAUCUGUGCUUUCGUGCCAUGUUAAGGACAUGUAGGCCCACAUCAUCAUGUUUGUGGUAUAGUUCAGGCAUGUUUGAUUAAUGCUACAACUAGUGCUUCUUGCCAAAAAAAAAAAAAAAAAGGUAUUGUUUAAAUUCACAGUUAGAAUAAUCCCAGUGCUGAUGAAUAUCUGAGUACAUGCACAUUUAUGUUUGGACUUUUGGGUGGAGUUUCCUUGUAAAUUAAGCAGAUAGUUUCACUGGAUGACGAAAACAUUCUUUAACUCCAGUGUAGAAGGCGGGAACUUAGUUUUAUUGAGGUUAUUUAAGAUCCAUAUGCACCACCAAGACACACUAAAAAGUACAGACAUGGUAUUAUUUGGGGCAUUUGUGGUUUUGUUUCAUGGUGUGUGUGUGUGUGUGUGUGUGUGUGUGUGUGUGUGUGUGUGUGUGAUGUUUCAAAACUAAUAUUCUCUUAAAAUUUUGAGUAAAUUUUGAGAUAGUGCAUUACUUACAUUAAACAGCAGGCUUACUUAAGACACUCAUUGAAGCUGUUAGUUUCGAUGUGAAGGCCUUAAUCCACCUGUUCCCAUACUGUAUUUUUGAACCAUUUGAAGGCCUUUGUCCUUAAGUCAUGAAGAGCAGAUCCUUUUGAAAUGCCGCUCUAUGAAGGGGAAGAUAAAGCCAGGUGAUGAGAACAGAAAGGGUGCUCAUAAUUUAACUUUCCUGAUUUCCCCCCAGUUUCUAAAAGCUGUGAUUUAAAUUUAAAAUUAUUUGAUGUGUUUUAUUUUCUACACCUCUGUGGUGAUUAUUUGAAAUUUAGAAUGUGCCUAAUUUUCUCUUUAAGUUUUGUUCUUGAAUCUGAAAUGUCACAAGUUUAAUAGUUAAGAAACAUCACAAGUGUCUUAAUUACCUUUGAAGAAAUUCAUAGCACACAGAGUUGCCUUAUAAAUUAAAAACAACACAAUUCUGGACCUUUGUUUUUACAGCAAGCUUUUUGGGUCAGGUAUUUAUAGAUCUAAAUAACAGAGUCUAAAUAUCAUUUCUGUUAGCCUGAAUUGUUUCUGUCUGCCACAUACUGUAUGAAGUUGAAGUCUCCGUUAUCUAGAAAGGACACUCGAUAGCUACAGAGCGACAACCAAAGAAGGCACAGCAGGGACUCAGACAGAUCUUUCAUUUUCUGAGACAAGUUACGUUGGUGCACAGUUCAUAGUAACCGAACAUCCUCUGGUUGACCUCUAGCAAAUUUGUUCUGUUGGUGGCAGUGGUUGGCUUAAAGUAGAAGGGGAUUAAAAGUACCUUAAUGCUUAAAUGAUCGGCAAUAUUGAUUGGAUUCAGUAGAAAAUCAGAUGUCUUAUGGUUUUUGUGUUGUGUGUUUUUUUUUUUUUUUUCAAUAAGGGGCAAUGCAUAAAUCUUAACAUCCAGAUCCAGAUACUUGUAUUCAUACUUUAAAAUGCAAGUUCAGCAUUAUCAGUGCAGCACAUCUGGAAUGCCUUAUUUAUACAAAGAAUAAAGUUGCCCGUUUCUAUUCUGUUCUGAAACUAAAGCCACUGAGAAAACUUCAAAUUGGUGCUUUCAUUUUUAUGAUACCAUCUAGUCAAAAGUCCAAACUAAGACGGCUGAAUCAAGAUUCUCACCAUUGCAGUUUGUAGCAAUGUCGUUUCUGUAAAUGCAAUGAGAAGGCUAAGUGCCAGUGUUAACUCAUCAUUGUUUGAGUCCAUGAAAUCAUGCCUGUUAUGCGCAGUCCAGCCUUUGUAACAAAGUCCCUAAUAAAUCUAGAGAAAGUCACUCUGUUACCUUUUCAUUUCUUUUUAGAGAAAACAGAUUGGCGAGUGUCGUCUUCUUCAGUUGAAAGUCUGACCCACUGCCGGGUCACAUUCCCUCUCACCUGCCAUUCCCACCAUUGAAGUCCAGUAUUCCGAGAAGAUCUGUCUGUCUUUACGUUGUGCUGCCUGACUGAAUGUCCUGUCUGUCUGUUUUGUUUGAUGAUAGGCUACAGGCUGGCUUCUCUAGCUCAUAAACAUGAGGGAGGGAGGGACUCUAGGCAAGUGGAUAUGUGUAUCUCCGCCUUCUGCAUAAAGGAGGGAACGCAGAGCAGACCCAUUUUUCCAUGGUACGAGAUGAGGGUUUAAUAAGUGUAGUAGAGGUUGAAAUGUAAAUCUAAAGCAAACAUUUUUAGAGAGUUGAACUUUAUGGCUUUUUCAAGAACCAUCAGUCAAAUUGACAAAAGCCUUGGGCUAGUGACUAAAGUAUUUGAAGUACUGUGCUGCCCGCUGGCAUUCUUGUGUCUGGAUUUGGAUAUACAGUUAGUGUUUUAAAAAAUUGUUCUUGGGGCAAUCCUUGCUUAAUGAUGUGAUAUUUUUCAAAUGCCAGAGUUUAUAUAUGGAACAAAAAAAAGUGUUAAUGAUAGAGUAGUGUUUUCUGGCUUUGAUAGGUGGCUCAACUUUUACAAAUUUGCAGUUGAUGAUAGGUGAUGAAAAUCUCCCACUGUACAUAAAAUUUUACCAGUGAAUACUGUGCUAGAAACAUGCUACUUACUUGCUGUGAAUUAAGAAAGCUUGUUAACAUGUCUCAACAUAGGGAGUGGUAACAUACAUUCGUCUCCGUCAUGCCAAAGGGGAGAUGUGAGCAGGGGUUACUUAGCCUUGAUUUACCUCUUACUUGAAAGCAGAAUCAUCAAGUGUUUUAAAUGGCUUUUCUAUGCUAAUCUAAGGUGGUGAAGCUUUGUUAUCACAAGAAGCCUUAUAUAAAAUAUAUUUUGUAACAAGCUCAUAGAUGCUGUACCUAACAAAACAUGGUCUUUAAUGAUUCUGUAUAAAAGUAUUUGUUGCUUAAGCUUUUUUUAUACUUUAUAUGUAACUCCAGGGAACCGAGCACAUUAGCUAUUGCUGUAAAUUUCUCUGCCAGUGCUUUAGUUCAGGAUUGGCAAUAAAUUAUUUCUAAAGGAGGUGGAAAAAUGGUUUGAGUUUUAACAAAUGAGUUGCUAGCCCAUUAAGUCUUUACCUGUGUACAUAUUUUGCAAAAUGUUUGCUUUCUAUUAAUAUGUGCUUUGUAAAAAAUUAUUGAUGUUUAAUAAACAUUUAUAAAUGA